UUUUACAGGUGGUAAUGGCGACAUCGAGGAUCUGGAUCCAGAUGUUCAGGAUUAUAGCACCGACGAAGACUACAACGACGUCUUCGACGCUACCACCAACGGAACCGACAUGGAAGCAGCGUCUGGGGCUAAAAGUGGUACGUUGAAGUUUAUACGCACUUUGACGAACAUCUCGAAGGAUGCUGGCGGUGUCGCCCACAUGCGAUGCGAGGUCGUCGGGGAUCCCCCACCGACCAAGAUCAAAUGGUACAAAAAUGAGGCACCACUGGAGGAGAGGCGACCAAAGAUCACUAUUAAAAAGAUACAUGCUCAGGCACACGAACACGCCGCGAAGAACAUAGCCGGAAGCCGGCUGAAGAUCAUCAAUCUGGACGUUUCGGACGUAGGAUUUUACACGUGUCGCGUGGCAAAUGGAAAGGAUCAGAUACAAAGCGAGGGAACGCUUCGCGUCGACUCGUCUAAGAGCAGACACGCUCCCGUUCAACCAGACCACCCUAUUGAUCAAACAUCGGACGACGAUAAAUUUUCUCCCGACAUGAGUGGCGGUAGCGAUUUCAUCGAUGGGGCAGCAGGGCCUGGAGAUGGAUUAGACCUCUCAGGACCUGGAAUGUCAACGCCACACAUCUCUCAUCUAGCAUCAACAAAUCCAUUUAGUAUAUUAUCGCCAAGUCCACAACCAACUAGUUCUCAAUCUAGUACUACCGACAUGCAUACAAUCGGUGGCCUUAGAAAUGUCAAUAUGCAGUUAUCUCCUGGGAGAAAAGACAAUCAUGAAGGAAAAUGUGAGGUGUAUGUAGGGAAAACAUGUGCACAAUUUUUAGAGGAUCAGUCUGUCUAUAUACCAUACCCAAUGACACAAAAAUUACUCGAUGACAAACUGAUGAAAGCCUUUGGUGUUAUUCAAUACUCAAAUGAAGUCUCAUUAAAUUGUGAAGGUUACGCAAAACCGUCUCUAUGUUACUCCGCAUUUCCGAUAUGCCGUGAUCCUGCCAGUAUUCUAAAAUUAAAGAACUCAAAAAGUCUAUUUCAUCUUCUAAAUAAUAAUCAAGGCGGUUUAUCGAAAGAUGGCGACGGAGACGAUUCUGACGAUAUCGCGCAAUCUCACGGUAUUCCCAGAAAACGCAGUCCCACAUUGGGCCCUGGUUCCGAAUUCAAUCCAUACAAAGAGGGGAAAUCUUCUAACAAGAAACUGCUUGGUCAAAGCUACGGGGAUGUACAAUCCUCCAGCAGAAACGAGAUCAAUCGUAAAUUACGACGGAUUUGUCGAGAGGAGUGUGAGAUAUUAGAGAAUGAUCUGUGUAGAAAGGAAUAUGCAAUUGCUAAAAGACAUCCAAUGAUUGGACAACAAGUGCCUUUAAUUAAUUGUUCUGAUUUACCAAUGGAAAACACCCCUGAGGCUCGUGAUUGUUUAAGUCUUGGAAUUUCCACCGAGAACAAUGUGCAGGAAAACGAUUAUUGUUAUUGGGGAAGCGGGAAGUCUUAUCGAGGUAUCGUGAAGACAAGUAUUAGUGGAAGGCCAUGCCUGCAAUGGCUGGCUGCCUUCAAUCUUCCAAUUUCUGAUUACCCGGAACUGGCCGGGCAACAUUCGUAUUGCCGUAAUCCGGGUGAUACAGAACUACAACCGUGGUGUUACGUUGAUGUCAACCAUACAAUGCAACAGGAGUUUUGUGAUAUACCUAAAUGCGUUGAAAACUUAUGGAUCUAUGCAGUCGUUGGUUUUGUGCUAACAGGAGGAUUUGUUGUCAUAUUGAUUUGUUAUUGCUGCUGCUAUAGAAGCAGAAAGUCUACAAGGCAAAUGAACCAUUUGCCAUCGAACAAAAUGUUGACGAGUAUACAAUGCGACAAGAACAUAUACGAUGGAAGACGAAGUACGACACAACCUAUGGAGAUGAGUUCUCUUUUAGCCGGCCCUGGUAACACAACCCCUGGCACCGGAACGUUAAGCAGUGGUAGUAGUAGAACAUCCAAUAACAGAGUGCCACAAUUUACUACCAAUAAUGUUGUUCUUCUACAAGAACUAGGCGAAGGAGCUUUCGGAAAAGUGUACAAAGGAGAGUUGCAAACAGGCAACAAAUGCGAACCACCGAUUUACGUCGCGGUGAAGACGUUAAAAGAGAACGCGAGUCCAAAAACGCAAAGUGACUUCAAACGAGAAGUGGAUCUGAUGACGGACCUUAGGCAUCCAAACAUUAUUUGCUUGCUCGGCGUAAUAUUGAAGGGGGAACCAAUGUGUAUGUUGUUCGAGUACAUGACGCAAGGGGAUUUGCACGAAUUUCUCAUCUGCCAUUCGCCAAGGUCCGACGUUCCGUUGAACAAUGGAAGCGGCAAGAUCUUGGAGCAGCCCGAGUUUCUACACAUCGCUUUACAAAUCGCAUCCGGCAUGGAAUAUCUAGCAAGCCAUCACUAUGUUCACCGAGACUUAGCAGCAAGGAAUUGCUUGGUUGGAGAUAAUUUAACAGUGAAGAUCUCCGAUUUCGGGUUAUCGCGUGAUAUAUACAGUAGCGAUUACUACAGAGUCCAAUCUAAGAGUCUGUUACCUGUUCGAUGGAUGCCUCCAGAGUCAAUUGUUUAUGGGAAAUUUACGACGGAGUCGGAUGUAUGGAGUUUUGGUGUUGUAUUAUGGGAAAUUUAUAGUUACGGUUUACAGCCAUAUUACGGUUACAAUAAUCAAGAAGUGAUAGACAUGAUUCGGUCGCGUCAAUUAUUACCUUGCCCCGAGGACUGCCCGACCAUGAUUUACAGUCUAAUGAUAGAAUGCUGGCACGAGGUGGCGAACCGCCGACCACAGUUCCCAGAGAUCCACCAUCGUUUGCACAACUGGUACAUAAACCAGACCUAUCUGAGCGAUUUCUGUAACGAGUCCAUAACCAGCUACUCCGGGAGCAGCCACAAGAGCACAAACAAAACUAACUCCACGCAGCUGUCCGCCCCGAUAUACAAGUGCGAUCAGAAGGAAAUGGGGAACUUCAAGGGGAACACCGAGCAAGUGUUUUGCAACAUCAACGACCAUAGCAACGGAUUGAAGAUAUUGCCCAGCUUCCAAAACUCGAACUCCAUCGAGCAAAGGCCGAAUUGCGGUUACAGCGAGCACAACACGCCUAUGAAAACGCCGAAUUAUCCGAACCAGACAAAUAUUAACAUGAACGAGUACGACGACAAACAGUGUUGCUCGCCGAAACUGAGCGGGGCGAAGAAAGUUCUGCCACCCACGGCGCAAUCGGUGGGCAAAAUGAACACGCUGAACGGUACUAGACCGAUGCAAAACGGUGCACAACUAGUUGUCAGGUUACCGGACCCCAGCAAGGUCACGACCGAGACCAGGGUAUCAAAGUGA